ACGCUGAACAUGGCGCGUUCCUAGAAUCCGCUUUCGGCAUCAGUAGGCGGCAGCGUGUGGACUGGCAGUGUGGGGCGCCGUACCAACCGACGCCACUUCGUUUUAAGAAGUGGGAGCCGGAGGGCCGGGUCAUUCCGGACCGAACCAAACGGUUUCCAUGGAUCUCAAUAGUGCCAGUACUGUAGUUCUUCAGGUCUUAACACAGGCCACCAGUCAGGAUACUGCUGUUUUAAAACCAGCCGAGGAACAAUUGAAACAGUGGGAGACACAGCCAGGUUUCUAUUCAGUGUUGUUGAACAUUUUCACCAACCACUCUCUGGAUAUAAAUGUAAGGUGGCUUGCUGUGCUAUAUUUUAAACAUGGAAUUGAUCGUUAUUGGAGACGUGUAGCCCCUCAUGCUCUCUCAGAAGAGGAAAAAUCUACUUUGCGUGCAGGGCUCAUCACCAACUUCAAUGAACCAAUAAACCAGAUUGCAACUCAGAUUGCAGUGCUGAUUGCAAAAGUUGCCAGAUUGGAUUGUCCUCGACAAUGGCCUGAACUGAUUCCCACUCUUAUAGAGUCUGUUAAAGUCCAAGAUGAUCUUCGACAGCACAGAGCAUUGCUUACUUUCUAUCAUGUUACUAAGACACUGGCAUCUAAACGACUGGCUGCUGAUAGAAAACUGUUUUAUGAUUUAGCUUCUGGAAUUUAUAAUUUUGCCUGCUCUCUGUGGAAUCAUCAUACAGAUACAUUCCUGCAGCAGAUUUCUUCUGGCAGUGAAGCUGCAAUUCUAAAUUCACUUGAACGAACUCUACUAUCAUUAAAAGUGCUGCGUAAGUUAACUGUUAAUGGAUUUGUGGAACCUCAUAAGAAUAUGGAGGUGAUGGGUUUUUUACAUGGGAUAUUUGAACGUCUAAAACAGUUUCUGGAAUGCAGUAGAAAUAUAGGUACAGAUAAUGUGUGUAGAGAUAGGCUGGAGAAGACCAUCAUUCUUUUUACUAAAGUGCUUUUAGAUUUCUUGGAUCAGCAUCCAUUUUCAUUUACUCCUCUAAUUCAGAGAUCACUGGAAUUUUCUGUAAGCUAUGUUUUUACUGAAGUGGGUGAAGGCGUUACAUUUGAAAGAUUCAUUGUCCAGUGCAUGAAUCUUAUUAAGAUGAUUGUCAAAAAUUAUGCUUAUAAGCCAUCCAAAAAUUUUGAAGAUAGCAGCCCUGAAACUCUUGAAGCCCAUAAGAUUAAGAUGGCCUUCUUCACAUACCCUACUUUGACAGAGAUAUGUAGAAGAUUAGUCUCUCAUUAUUUUUUAUUAACUGAAGAAGAAUUGACAAUGUGGGAAGAAGAUCCAGAAGGCUUUACAGUGGAAGAAACAGGAGGAGAUUCUUGGAAAUAUAGUUUGAGGCCUUGCACUGAAGUACUAUUUAUAGAUAUAUUCCAUGAAUAUAAUCAGACUCUUACUCCUGUACUUUUAGAAAUGAUGCAAACCCUCCAAGGGCCCACCAAUGUGGAAGAUAUGAAUGCAUUGCUAAUCAAAGAUGCUGUGUAUAAUGCUGUUGGAUUAGCUGCUUAUGAGCUAUUUGAUAGUGUUGAUUUUGAUCAGUGGUUUAAAAACCAACUUCUUCCAGAAUUACAAGUCAUUCACAAUAGGUAUAAGCCAUUGCGACGCAGGGUCAUUUGGCUCAUCGGUCAGUGGAUUUCUGUGAAAUUUAAGUCUGAUUUAAGACCCAUGCUAUAUGAGGCAAUCUGUAACUUGCUUCAAGAUCAAGAUUUAGUGGUCCGGAUUGAAACAGCCACAACUCUGAAGUUAACUGUUGAUGAUUUUGAAUUUAGAACAGAUCAGUUUCUACCGUAUUUGGAGACCAUGUUCACACUACUUUUUCAGUUAUUGCAGCAAGUUACAGAAUGUGACACGAAGAUGCACGUUUUGCAUGUCCUUUCUUGUGUGAUUGAAAGAGUCAACAUGCAGAUACGACCAUAUGUAGGAUGUUUGGUACAAUAUUUGCCUCUUCUUUGGAAGCAAAGUGAAGAACACAAUAUGUUAAGAUGUGCUAUUUUGACAACGCUUAUUCAUCUUGUUCAGGGAUUAGGAGCAGACAGCAAGAACCUGUACCCUUUCCUGCUCCCAGUUAUCCAACUGAGUACAGAUGUUUCCCAGCCUCCACAUGUCUAUCUUCUGGAAGAUGGUUUAGAAUUAUGGUUAGUAACAUUGGAGAACAGCCCAUGUAUUACACCAGAGUUGCUUCGUGUAUUUCAGAAUAUGUCACCACUUCUUGAACUAAGUUCAGAAAAUCUCAGAACCUGUUUUAAGAUCAUCAAUGGCUAUAUCUUUUUAUCAUCAACAGAAUUUUUACAGACAUAUGCAGUGGGUCUUUGUCAGUCCUUUUGUGAGCUGUUAAAGGAAAUUACUACAGAAGGUCAAGUUCAAGUGCUCAAGGUUGUGGAAAAUGCCCUUAAAGUGAACCCAGUAUUAGGUCCACAAAUGUUUCAACCAAUUUUACCCAGUGUUUUCAGGGGUAUUAUAGAAGGGGAGAGGUAUCCUGUAGUGAUGUCCACAUAUCUUGGAGUUAUGGGCCGGGUCCUACUACAAAAUACUAGUUUUUUUUCUUCACUUCUUAAUGAGAUGGCACAUAAAUUUAAUCAGGAGAUGGACCAGCUUUUAGGAAACAUGAUUGAAAUGUGGGUUGAUCGAAUGGACAACAUUACCCAGCCUGAAAGAAGAAAGCUUUCAGCUUUGGCUUUGCUUUCUCUUCUGCCAUCUGAUAAUAGUGUUAUCCAAGAUAAAUUCUGUGGGAUUAUCAAUAUCUCAGUGGAGGGUCUACAUGAUGUCAUGACAGAAGAUCCUGAAACAGGAACUUAUAAAGACUGUAUGUUGAUGUCUCAUCUUGAGGAACCAAAAGUGACAGAAGAUGAAGAACCACCCACAGAACAAGACAAGAGGAAGAAGAUGCUGGCCCUGAAGGACCCUGUGCACACGGUGUCGCUGCAGCAGUUCAUCUAUGAGAAGCUCAAAGCACAGCAGGAGGUUCUGGGAGAACAAGGCUUCCAGUCUCUCAUGGAAACGGUGGACACAGAGAUCGUCACCCAACUGCAAGAGUUCUUGCAAGGAUUCUAAGAGCAUAUGCCACAUGGCUGCCACCUUUUUCUUSAAGCAAGCCGAAUAACCCAGCCUUCCACCUACCUGUGAGAGCCUGCUGAGGUGACAAAGUCACUUGUGUAUGAAGUUCAAGAAACAAAGACCACACAUUUUUUACUACAAAAUAUAAAGAAUAAAUAUAAAUCCCACAUAACUAAAAUCACAAACCUAUUCCUCAAAAGAAUUUAAUUUUAUAUUUAUGAAGGGGCCGUGUGUUUGCUAGAGGUACAUUUACUGACAAUAGCUGCUUAAUUUCCUGUUAAGAGAAGAAACUUUGAUUGUCUUUUAAUCAUGUACUCUUAACACUUGAGAAGAUGAAGGUUGAUGUCUAAGAUGUUUUUCUGCAACCAAAAUUAGUUAAAUUUGGCUGCCUUAUCCCUUUUUUAAGYUAAUGAAACAAGUUUGGAAAAAUGACAGAGCUGUUCAGAUGAUGCAAUUAAAGAAAUCUAUAUACCAGGCAAAAGUAUAUAAAUAGUGACAAAUGUACAUUACUAAGAUUACCUUGCAAGGAGUUGUUUUCAUCUGACAUAGAAAAUGUGUUUUAUCAGACACAUGCUUUUAUUUUCAUCUCGGUAAUUCAAUGCAGGAAUUAGUAAAAGCAUUUUUUUUCCUCAUUUGAUUUUUAGUAAA